AUGAAGGAGUCCGAUGAAGAAAGGCCCUUGGCAAAGCGCUCGCGAAGGAUGGUGCGGCGCUUGUCAGGCAUCGGAGGCAUCGGGGGCAGAGCUGUGGAGAGCUCUUCAUCCUCCUUCUUCUCUGCCGUGAUGCCUUCGCAAGAGGCUAUGGAGGUGGCAGGCGAGGAGAAGGAAGAUGAGGCCAAGCAGGAUGAGGACGAGGACGCCAAAGUCGCGUCCCAGAUGGACCGCUGCUUUGGGGAGCCUGAGCUGUGCUUGUGCAAGGUUUGGGGCAGGAAGGGGGAGCCACCCCGUCGCUGCAAAGGGAAGGCCAAGCAGAGCCUUUGCUGCGCGCGCCACGCGCACUCCAAGAACGCAGUGUCCUGGUUCGACGAGGUGCGCGUGGCCUGGGCAGUGCUGCGGGCGGACUUGCAAAACGAUGCCUUUGCCGUGGCGGCUGAGCGGGCCUUCCGGAAGCACCCGGAGGCGGACAAGGACGGCCGCGUGCCGUGCCGGAGCUUCCCGGUGAGGCGCCACGGCUGGGCCGGCGCCCUGCAGAAAGCGCUGCGCUACAUCCAGGGAGAGCCCCUUGGAGCCGGGCAGGCUGGGCUGGGCGUGCUGGCUAAGCUGUGGGCUGGGGGCCGAAGCGAAGGGGAGCUGGGGUAG